GCAACAUGAGUUCUUGUAUGUGCAUUCAUAAAAUUGAAAAUAUUUUUUCAAAAUGUUAUAGUUAAAUAGAGGUAAUGCAUAGUUUUACUAAACAUUUUCUAUCAAUAUUACUUUCAAGGUAACUACUUAAUACAGAAACGGUAUCAUAAAUAAAUUAUUGCAAUGCUUUUACAUUUUAUUCUGGUAUUACACUUCUUUUGGGAAACAUCUGCAGCAAAUAAGGCAACAUGUGAAUUAUACCAGCUGAAUGAAAACUUGAGUGCUUAUGUGAAAUGUUAUGGUAAUUUUAUUACAAGUGAAAGUUUAAAAACUAAUUUAAGCUUAAUAACAGAGCCUAUAAGCACAUUUGAACUUAACAGUGUUGCAUUAGAAGCAUUGCCAGAUGACCUGUUCGGUAACAUUGAAGCUGAAGCUAUGGCAACAUUAAUUUUUGAUCAUGUGUCUCUUGAUUUGUUAAGUGUUCCAGGAUAUGAUCCAUUUAAACAAAUCGAACAUACUUUACACAAAUUCGAAAUUUACGAUAGCGCAUCCGUUUUUGCAUGGAAUGUGACGUUGCUUUCUUCAAUGCAAAACUUGGAAACAUUCAUCAUUGAGAAUUCAGAAGUUAUUUCUCUUUCACAAGAAUUUGAUUUUUGGCCGAACCUAACAUUUAUUCAACUUAUCAACUGUAGCAUACGUUGGCUUCACAUAAAAGCAUUCAAAAGAAAUAUGAAAUUGGCAGUUUUGUCUUUAGCCAAUAACUUAAUUACAAAAGUAUUAAGUUCAAUGUUUCCUCAACCUGCGUACUAUCUAUGGAGCUUAGAUUUGAGUUACAAUAGGUUAAACUGGCUUCCAGAAGAUUUGUUCAACUCAAUGUUUUCUCUUCGUGAACUCAAAUUAGACAAUAAUCACUUUAAAGAUGUCUCUGUAUCCCUUUUCAUUCCUGUAUGGAACACGUUAAAUAACUUAUGGUUAGACGGUAUCAACGCAAUAUGCAGUCCUUUAUGUUGGGAAGGAAAUUUAGAUGAGCCUUGGUCUCGUUACUUCAAAUGCAAAUUCCAGGACAAACCUAUACCUUUCGGCUUUUAUCUUGAAAGUUGUCCAUAUACUCUAAGUUCAGAAUGAUCAAAGAAUAAUAUGGUCAUAAAUAUUAAGAGAAAAGGAGGGUAGAAGUCAUUUGAAUCAUUAAUAGAGGAACCUGGAGGAUUAAUAUUUGUCCUAACGUCUCCAUCUCACCUGAUGCUAAUAAAAUGAGAGUACGACAUUUCUUUGCAGGAGUACACGUAACGUAGGUCAGGAUGUAGAUCACCGUAGUCAUCGUUGCAUAUCAAUCAAUCAUGGAACACAAUUGAUUGAAUGAGAAAUCAAGUUUAUGUUAUAGUAAUGAUUAUUUUUAAAGAAACUGAAAUAAUUUAAAAUAAAUAAAGCCAUUCACUGAUAUUAAAGAAUAUUACGUAGAGAAAAUUAGUGCAUUGCUGUAGGAAAAUACGUCAUCUAAAGAAUGAUCACUUUAAUGAUCUAAAUAUUCUUAAAGCAUCGUCUGUUUAAAAUCAUUUUUAAGAAUUAGUUAAGGUUCGAUUUUUUUAUUCAUUUAGUAAGUCUUUAACCAAUUUAAAUUUACUUUUAAAUAAAAGCUAUUUACUUUUUCGAAAAAACCCCACACAGGCCUUUCUUCAUCAAGAAGUGAAACAAUUACGCCCUGUGAUGAAGAGGCAUCUGGGACGAAUUUUUUUCAAAAAAGCAGAAAGCUUUUCUCUAAAAUAAACGCCAAGUUAAUGUUAAAUAUUGUAUAAUUUAAUCUCCUACAUCGCCUGUUUUUAAGUUCGUGCUUGUUGUGUUCAUCUCUUCUGUCAGUAGCAAAACAAGAGAACAAUGCUUUAUUAUACUAUUUAUGGAUGGAGAAAUUUAUCUUAUCUGCGUGGAAAAUGUACAAAAGAGUUUCCUUUACAAAUUUAUCCACACAGGAAUCGUGUGCUAAACAACUACAGUCAGGAAGCUCUGGCAUAAAUGCUUAGUAGAAUUUACUUCUCUAAAACAAAGAUAUUUUUGGAAACAUUAAAAUAUUUUACCAAAAGGAAAGUAAUGUAAAUACUGGAUUAAAUUUUUCUUUUUGUAAAAUUAAUUACUUUUAUAUGACCACCAUGUUUAUUAUGUUAUUUCUUACGGUUCUUUGUCAAAAAGCAAAAGCUAAAUGUAAUCUAUCACGCGAUAGAAAUAUCCAAAUCUUUAUGAACAUUUGAACUGAAAGAAGAACAUGCCAAUGUAACAUUUAAAAAUAAGGGAAAAAAGAUUCUGUGUUUACUUUUAAAUUUGUAUAAAUUGUUUUAUAAAUAGCAAAAAAAUAUUAUUUAAAUUUUAAGUAACAUAAAAUACUCAAUUUAUUCGAUGAAAUAAUAUUUUUAUGAAAAUAUUAGUUUAAGUUUAGCAAACCUACUAAUUUAAGAAGCAUGCCCUUUUAGUAUAGAUGAUCUGAAAUCAGGCUGGGCCACUGGAAAAUUAUGGACACAGUGAGCUUACUAGCCGGAAUUCAUAAGAAAUAGAGAUCUAAAGAAAGCAUUUUUAUCAUCGCUUAAUCUUCCUUAGAUACAUUACUUCGUAUGCUAUUCUGUAUAACUCGAAAUGUUCAUUACAUUUCUCGGCUUAUUCGAAAAAAUUAGCUCUUGGAAUUUUUUCCAUUCAAUUGCUCUUUUUUAAGAUUCUGAAAUUCCCGCAAUACGCAACCUUUAAAUAUAGAUUUUAACUUUAUGUAACAGAAACCAGUCCGCAAUUGCCUAAUCUGACGAGUAAAUAAUUAUAACGAGUAAAUUAUUAAAAAUAAUUAUGGCUUUCUUUUUCAAUCAGUUGUUUGAUGACAGUUGCAUUGAUCAAAGAAGCAUUUCUUAUCCCGAUGAUCAUAAUGACCUUGAGAUUCAAUCCCAGAGUGACUGGAAUUCUCUACAACUAGCGCAAAAGCGCUUCCUUGCGCUAGGUUCAAGAAUUCUCACCCUUCCAAAUUUGCGAAUGUUGAGUGUCUCUCGAGAUCGCUAUACACUCCCUUCCCAAACACUUCUGAUCUGAUAUGGAGAAAUACGAUUGGUCGUUUUGGUUAAGCCCGCUUUGUGGUCGUGGUUGUGAGCUUGGCGUAUUGAUGAGCUGUAGUUGCGGCUGCAGAGUAUGGCCAUGCUCAGUUGGAUCCGUAUGCAUGGCGGAGCACGGUUGAGAGAACCUCGUUUGCUUGGUCACCGCUUUUUCGGACGGCUCAGACUGUACUUUUACUAUCGAUAGACAGACUUUUGUCAUCGAUAAUGAAACGGCCGUUGUUUAUCGAUUACGAAGGUAUUAAUGUUUCUGUUUUGUUUAUGAACUUUGUCAGAAGGAAAAUGAAUAUCGCGAAACUUUGGAAUUUAAAGCAAUACUUUGCAGACACGAAGUAGAAACUGUUAAAAAAUUUGCUUGCUGUUGUGGAAAAUCAUUCGAUGAUAAGAGUAUGUUAGUUAUGAAGAUAAAUGUAAAGAUAAUGCAUGUAUGUGAAGUAAAUAAAAUCCUCUAGAAUGUAAA